AUGGUUACCGUUCUCGCAUCGACUCGUCGCAUUGUAGCGGCCGGCCCCGUGCGCUCAGGACUGCUGCGUCGCAGUGCUUUCAAUCGUAUGAGGGUUCCUGAGGACAUUGAGUUCACCAAAAACAGAUACACCAGGAGGUAUAACCUGGCAACAGAAGACCGUGUGAAGUUGCUGAAUUGGAAUGCUUUUUGCAUAGCUGUAACCGCACUUCCCAUCGCCUACGUGUACUAUUCUUGGUACGAGUCGUCAGAGGACACCGAUAUGAUAUACAGAACUAUGGACCCUAUGAGGGAGGCUAAGGCCGAUUCUCGAUCUGCCGAUAUCGCGGCAGCAGUGGCUAUGGCGCGUUCUCCUCAUGACGAGUUCCUCAAGGGGGAAGAACGAACGAAAGCCAAGUGGGCGAAAAUGGUCAAACGUGGCAUCAGUAGUUUCAUUCGCGAACAACCGGAUAAAUUCCACCGCCGUGCUCGGCGAGGCAUCCCAGCGGAAUAUCGGUGGACGGUGUGGAAGGCCUGUGUGUCCCAUGAUGAACGGUUCGUUCGUAACGUAUAUUGGAAACUCACGGGACUGGGCUCUGAGAAUGAGCAGUGGGGAAGAGCCAUAAAAAUCGAUGUUCCCAGAACCUUCCCGAGAGACCAAGCAACUCGGAAUGGCUCUCAGAUGUCGGAGGUAUCUCUGUAUCGUAUCCUGGUGGCCUAUGCCAACCUCAAUCCGGAUGUAGGCUACUGUCAAGGGAUGAACUUCGUGGCAGGCUUGCUUUUGCUGGUCAGUGGAGAGGAGGAGGCCUUUUGGGUUUUUGUUUGCCUCAUGGAAUACGAUGGCCUCGCUGGGUUCUAUCGCGAAAACUUCCCACUGCUGGGUCGAUAUACUCAUGCGUUCGAUGAGCUUCUCGCUCGGGAACUACCCGACCUGCGAGAUCACUUCACAGAAGAGGGUGUCCAACCAACUCUGUACAUUCAUCAGUGGUACCUGUCAUUAUUCAUAAAUUGCCUACCACUCCAAACGGUAUUCGUUUUAUGGGAUGUUAUAGUCAGUGAUGGCCUACCGAUCAUUCUCAGUAUAUCUAUUGCAUUAUUGAAGGUCCUUCGUCCGGCUCUGAUGCAGAUGGAAUUCGAGGAUAUCGUGCGAUUCUUCAAAACUAUGAAGACAGGCGACGAGAAGUGCGAUGCAACAGUGAUAGGCCAACUACUAGUGCGGCUAUCUGGGAAGGUGGAGAUCCCUGACUCCAUUCUAGAGUCGCUUCAUUUACCAUACGACUGUCAAGAUCCUAGGAAUGUCGAACCCCUGGGCCUGCCUCCGGGACCUAGGAGUCUCGAACUGGAUCGGCCUCUGGACGGACUCGAUAGUGAUGGCACCAAACCCGUCGCGGGUGUUGCACAAUGGUUGAAGAGCGUGUCAGCACAGAUUGACGCGAGUUGGAGCGAGCUCAAAGGCGGCCUUGCGGGAGCAGCCUCUUCAAGUGACGAGCGAUUGUCGUCUGAUGAUGCCUCGUGA